AUGGUCAAAGCUGUUGUUGCUGGCGCCGCUGGCGGCAUUGGACAGCCACUGUCCCUCCUCCUCAAGCUCUCCCCCCUAAUCGACGAGCUUGCCCUCUACGAUGUCGUCAACACUCCUGGAGUUGCUGCCGACCUUUCCCAUGUCUCAUCCCCCGCUAAAACCACAGGCUAUCUGCCCAAGGAUGACGGUGCCAAGGCCGCUUUCAAGGAUGCCGACAUCAUUGUCAUCCCUGCUGGGAUUCCCCGCAAGCCCGGCAUGACCCGUGAUGACCUCUUCAACAUCAACGCCGGCAUCGUCAAGGGUCUCAUCGAAGUUGCUGCUGAGGUUGCCCCCAAGGCCUUCAUCCUCGUCAUUUCCAACCCCGUCAACUCCACCGUCCCCAUCUCCGCCGAGGUCCUCAAGGCCAAGGGCGUCUUCGACCCCAGGCGUCUUUUCGGUGUUACUACCCUCGACAUUGUCCGAGCGGAGAGCUUCGUCGCCGAAAUCACCGGCAAGUCGUCCCCCCAGGAACUGACUGUCCCUGUUGUGGGUGGCCACUCGGGCGAAACCAUCAUUCCUCUGUUCAGCCAGGUCUCCCCGUCUGUCACCAUCCCCGACGACAAGUACGAGGCCUUGGUCAAGCGGGUCCAGUUCGGUGGCGAUGAGGUUGUCAAGGCUAAGGAUGGUGCCGGCUCUGCCACGCUUUCCAUGGCUUAUGCUGGCUUCCGCUUCGCCGAGAAGGUCCUGAAGGCCGUGAAGGGAGAGAAGGGACUUAUUGAGCCAAGCUACGUCUACCUGCCCGGCGUUCCUGGAGGCGAGGAGAUUGCCAAGAAGACGGGCGUCGACUUCUUUUCCGUCCCCAUCGAGCUCGGACCCAACGGAGUCGAGAAGGCCAUCGAUGUUCUCGGCGACAUCACCGAGAAGGAAAAGGCGCUGCUUGAGGUUGCCGUUCGCGGUCUGAAGGACAACAUCAAGAAGGGCGUCGACUUUGCUCACAACCCCCCUCAAAAGUGA